AUGGCCCGGGAGACUCAAACGACCCGUGCGCUUCGGGAACAUGCCUUGAACCUCAAAGCCCCUUCUCACAGGGCACUCCGGUAUCUAAGGUCCAUUGUCGAUAACCGGCCAUAUACUGCACUCCCAGCUUGUAAUGCCGACCUCAAGGAACUCGAGGAGCUCCGGCAGAUGGGUUUAUGGCCUCUUCAGACUUGCAAUGGCGCCCGAAGUGCUAGAUGGAAGGAAAGAGGCGAAGCAGACGUCUGUGGGAUAUCUCAGAGGGAAGAGAAGGCAGCGAAUAGAGUAGUGCUCGGACUACAAGGCCGGCAGCCGGAGUUGAGAUUAGACUACGAAGAUACGAGUAUUAUAGGGCGGAAUCGCCGACGGCCGGUAGCCUCUAUUCUUCCACAAAACACCAGCCAUCAGGUCUCCAGUAGUAGAGGGAUACAUACGGACACAAGAGCGGAGGCGAGAGCAAUACACACAAGUGCUAGCCAAUCACAAUCUUCGACACUUCUAUCACAACCUCUUCCAGCUCCAAACAAGACCCGGAAGCCGAAAAUUGGGAAACAAUGGCAGGUCCAACUUGCGAAUGCCGGCCGACUUCAAGCCGAGGCCAGGAGAAACAAUACCACACCGUUCCUCGAUCAGCUUCAAGCUAAGCAUUUUACGACAACUAUAGACGAAGACAACCGGAAUCUAGAGUAUCGUAUCUGUGACUUCCUAAAACGCCCUAACACUCGCCCAUUGAAAUGCAAGGGACCCACUGUCUUAAAUGUUCCUCAAGAGGGAGCAAAGGAAGAUCAAUACCGGAAAUUUGCAUCUGCUCUAUACGCUAAAGCGUAUGAUCCGGAAUUAAGUAUGCAAAGUAUAAUAUCAUCUGCCACAGCGUAUCGAAAGCUAGGGAGAGUAGCAACAGCCCAGGCUAUAACGGAAAAAUACAAGACCGGACGUAAGCCUUCAGAAGAUAUGAUGGUUACGCAGCUCAAACUUCUCCUCGCUAGGAACAAAGUAGAAGCAGCCAUAUACUUCGUCCAAAUGGCAAAGGACACUGCCACCGGAUUCGGAGCCCGGCUGACUCAAACCCUCCUCGAAGGUAUUCGUCGACUAAGGGUAGAGCUUAGCGUUCUUAAGAGGACAUUUGAAUUGGUGGAAGGCUUCUUUCCUUCCUCUCAAAGUAUACACUUCUCGAUAUUCAUAAGGGGCUGUGUCGAUAAUGGAAGGCUAGAUCUGGCAUCCGAAUGGGUCUUCAAAAUGCAGGACGCUGGACACACCCCCGACGCAGAGACGUACAAUGGUAUCAUCUCCGCCACUGCCAAGUACGGCCAAUGGGAGAGUAUUGAACCUUUGCUGCAAGUUUGCCGAGAAAAGGGACUAGCUAUCACAAGAUUCACCAUGAAUGCUCUCCUCGACGGUGCUUCCAACAAACCCGAAAUCAGUCUAGAAGAGAUACAUAAAUUAAGAGACAAGUUUCAAGUAGAAGCGGAUGCGGCUACCUGGUGUAUCUUACUCAAAUCCAUCCUCGACAAAUCCCCUUUCGAGGCCAUCGAAUCCGAGCUUGAGAACCUCCUCAAACAAAUGGAAGAAUCCAACCACCCUCCAUCUGAGGUUUUCAUUAAUACCUUAAUCUCCAAAAUCGACAAUAGCGGUGAUGCCUGUCCACCCGUCCUUCGGCGCCUCCUUGCUGUCAUCAAGGACUCCGCCAUCCCAAAUACAGCUAACACUCAUGAACUCAUCGUCUCAAACAUUCUCGCAAAUACAUCCUCAAAAACAACCACCAAGGUAGUCCGCAAAGAUGCCGAUACAUACACCAAAGACACAACAUCCCUCCGUAUGAUCGCUCACAUCCGUGAACUCCAACCUCUCGAGUCCCUCAAGAUAUUUCAGGCAUACAUUUCUCAAUCCCUUCGACCAAGUCAGCACCUUCUUGUCCUAGCCCUAAAAUCCGUCUUGCUCCUCCCUGCCCGUCCAAACUACCCUCCAAAAGCCACGGCAGAUGAAAAAACGCAACUAAAAUUCAAUCACAACCGAGCAAAAUCUCAGACUCUCAAUCAAAUCCUCGAAUUAUCCGCAAAACAUGGGUUGGAAAUCCACACCGCCCUCUCCGAAUCCGCGUGGUCCUUUUUGUCCGCUGCGUACGGCUAUCGGGCCUCAAAGGUUAAAUCGAAACUGAGCCCAAUACUCUUAACACCACCUACGGAAAAGAUCCUAGCGGAAAUAUACGGGUUCUAUCAUAAACAUGACCUAAAGAACCCACAUCACCCUCUCAUGGUCAGCAUUUCCGUUCUAUAUAAUCGAAAACAAUACCAAAAGAUUGUAGACAUAAUGCGAGCAGUGGCAUCAUCGGAAUGGGGUAGAAAGACAAAAUUUGAUAUAGUAGCUUUGACGAUAUUAUUGAAAGCGUAUAUGUCAUUACGAGACGAGAGAGGUGUACGUUGGAUUACGGACCAUGUGAUAGGAAGGAACAUGGAUGUUGACCAAGAGUUCAUGAAGGUUUUGAAAGAAGAAAAGAAGAUGCCUUUGGCGGCGUUUGCAUUGGACUGGGCGGAUACGGAGAAGACAUCGAUGGCGGAGAAUGUAAGACGAUGUGAAGAGAUGAUGGAACGAAAACGGGGUAUAAAGGAGAGGAAUAGUGAAUUUAUUCUGGAAAUGUUAGGGAAAGGCAAUAGGCUGGAGGAUCUGAGAGUGCCUGAAAGGAUACAGAAGCGUACUGAGGCUAAGGUUGAUCAACCUGUUCAAGACUACCAAGCUUCAGCCGAGGAAGCUACUCCCGAGCAGCAAGAUUGA